AUGAUUACGAUCCAUGCAAUUAUACACUUUAGACAUUAUGGCAUAUAUGAGAUGGCUUUAUUUUCACCAUUAAUUUUUUCAGAGAAAGACUUCAAGAUAAAUUUUCCAGUUGAAAUUGAUAAAAAUAUUUGUAUGUGUCCACUUCCAGACAAUAAAGUAUUUUGUUACGGAAAUAAUUGAAUAGAAAGCUACUCAAAUUCCAGUAAAAUCAUACCUGGAGUAACUUUUAUUAACUUAGAUCUUCAAUGAGGGAUUCUAAGCUUUGGAUCUGGAGGUGCAUUUUAUGACGGAAUUGUCUAUGUUUUUGGAGAGUUUCCUGCAAAAAUGUGGAAUUAA